ACAAUCCGUUAAAGAGGGAAAACACGGCGAGCCUCACUAUCCCUCUCUCCCGCCAUGAAAUCACUCCCUAUCCUCUUACCUCUUCAACUUUCUUCUUCACUUUCCCUCCCCUUCAUCGUCUCUACUUCAUUUCCAUACUUCCAACCUCUCUCCCAAACCCUAGCCUUCUGCCGCCCUAGGUUGAUCCCCUCGCAAUCCUCAAAUUCACUCGCUCCACGGCGGCUCCACUCCAAGUCCCCCAACUCUACUUUCCCCGCCGAAUCGCAGCUCUACGACGCCGACGACCGAGAAGAAGAGGACGACGAUGACGAAGAAGAAGACGACGACGAUGAUGAGGAAGCUGCCGAUGAAUACGACUACGACGAGGACGAGGACGACGAAGUUGGGCCAAACGAAGAUGAAACCGAAGUAUCGAUGGCGACGGGAGAGAUCUCGGCUUGGCGCGAGGAGACGAAGUUGCAGAGAGUCGAGCGCCUCCGUGCUGUAGUCAAAGAGUUCGGGGAUGAGAUUAUUGACGUUGAUGAGCUCGCUUCUAUCUAUGAUUUCCGAAUCGACAAAUUUCAGCGGUUAGCUGUAGAAGCGUUCUUGAGGGGCUCCUCGGUCGUGGUCUCUGCUCCUACCAGCAGCGGGAAGACGUUGAUAGCUGAAGCAGCUGCGGUGGCUACAGUGGCACGAGGAAGGAGGAUAUUCUAUACCACUCCGCUUAAGGCAUUGUCCAAUCAGAAGUUCCGCGAUUUCCGGGAGACGUUUGGAGAUGACAAUGUCGGUCUUCUCACUGGAGAUUCUGCUGUCAAUAAAGAUGCUCAGAUUUUGAUCAUGACUACAGAAAUUCUGCGUAAUAUGCUGUACCAAAGCAUUGGGACAGUUUCUUCGGGUAGUGGACUCCUCUUUGUGGACGUGAUUGUCCUAGAUGAAGUUCAUUAUCUAAGUGAUAUAUCUCGAGGAACAGUGUGGGAGGAGAUUGUUAUUUACUGCCCUAAGGAGGUUCAGUUGAUAUGUCUGUCAGCAACUGUAAAGAAUCCAGAUGAGCUCGCUGGUUGGAUACGUGAGGUGCACGGAGAAACUGAAUUGGUGACUUCUGCCAGACGUCCAGUUCCACUAACUUGGCAUUUCUCUACAAAGACUUCUCUGCUACCUCUUCUUGAUGAGAAAGACAAAGGAAAGCGCAUGAACAGGAAAUUAUCCCUUAAUUACUUGCAGCUUUCUGCCCCAGGAUCUAGAUCAUAUAAAGAUGAUGAGUGGCCAAGGAGAAGGAAUCCAAGAAAACGUAGAGGUCGAAACGAUUAUGAUAGCAAUCUCAUGAAUCCUGAAGAGUCCCUUUCAAAAAAUGAUAUAAGCAGAAUCCGACGCUCAUUGGUCCCUCUUGUCGUUGAUACAUUAGGUCAGCUCAGGGCGAGAGAUAUGCUGCCAGCAAUCUGGUUCAUCUUCAACCGAAGAGGAUGUGAUGCUUCUGUGAAGUAUCUUGAAGGUUGCAAGCUCUUGGAUGAAUGUGAAACGACUGAGGUUGAACUUGCUCUCAAGAAGUUUACUCUUCAGAAUCCUGAUGCCGUCCGUGAGACUGCUAUCAGAGGACUUCGAAGAGGAAUUGCUGCUCAUCAUGCUGGCUGUCUACCUUUGUGGAAAUCAUUCAUCGAGGAAUUGUUCCAGAGAGGACUCAUUAAGGUCAUCUUUGCUACGGAAACCUUAGCUGCUGGGAUCAACAUGCCUGCCAGAACAGCUGUCAUCUCAUCCAUCAGUAAGAGGAAUGCCAGUGGUCGUAUUCAGUUAAGCCCAAAUGAGCUGCUUCAAAUGGCUGGCCGGGCUGGACGGAGAGGCAUUGACGAAAAGGGCAAUGUCGUCCUGAUUCAAAGCUCCACUGAAGGCGCUGAAGAAGGCUGCAAACUUCUGUUUGCUGGACUAGAACCACUUGUUUCACAGUUCACUGCUUCCUAUGGGAUGGUUCUGAACUUGCUUGCUGGUUCUAGAGUCACUCGUAGACUGAACGAGUCUGGUGACACAGAGCCUCUCCAGGCAGGGAGAACUUUAGAGGAAGCGAAGAAACUGGUGGAGAGAAGUUUCGGAACGUACAUUGGUAGCAACGUCAUGGUUGCUUCCAAAGAGGAGCUCUCGAGAAUCCAGAAAGAGAUUGAGAUUUUGACGUCAGAAAUUAGCGACGAGGCAGUAGAUAGAAGGAGCCGCCAGAUCUUACCAGAGUGGGCAUAUAAAGAAAUCGCACUACUUCAGGAACAGCUGAGAGAAGAAAAACGCCUUCGGACUGAACUAAGAAGAGUGGUGGAAGUACAAAGAUUGAAUGCGCUAAAAAGUCUCCUCGCGGAAAUGGGAAAUGACCAGUUACUCUUUUUGUGCUUACAUUACAAAGACUCGGAUGGAGUUGAACAUUCUGUUCCUGCUGUUUACUUGGGGAAGGCCGAUUCCUUCAGUAGCUCGAAAUUAAUGGACUUGGUUUCUGUCGACGAUUCGGUUCCUGUACCCAGCGAGUUAAGUGAUGCCGAUGCCGACGAAGAAGAAACUCCUGACGUGAUGGAACCGUCUUAUCAUUUAGCAUUGGGGUCGGACAAUUCAUGGUAUCUCUUCACAGAGAAAUGGAUCCGAACUGUUUACAGGACUGGCUUCCCCAACGUUCCAUUGGCACAAGGCGACGCUUUGCCCCGAGAAGCCAUGUGGAUGCUUCUGGAAAAAGAGGAGAAGCAAUGGGAAAAGAUAGCUGAUUCUGAACUGGGGGGAUUAUGGUUCUCAGAAGGAUCUCUGGAAACAUGGUCAUGGAGCUUAAACGUCCCCGUUCUAACCAGUCUGUCCGAGAACGACGAGAUACUGCACAAGUCACAAGCUUACCACGAUGCCGUGGUGCAGUACAAGGACCAACGUAACAAGGUGGCGAGGUUGAAGAAAAGAAUAUCGAGAACAGAAGGAUUCAGAGAGUACAAAAAGAUCCUGGAACGGAAGAACGCGACACAGGACAAGAUCAAGCGUCUGAAGAUGAGGUCAGCCAGGUUGUCAGAAAGGAUCAGGGAGAUCGAACCGUCAGGAUGGAAAGAGUUCCUGAAGAUAUGCAACGUGGUGCACGAGCUCAGGGCAUUGGACAUAAACACACAGAUGAUCUUCCCACUGGGGGAGACUGCAGCGGUGAUUCGUGGGGAGAACGAGCUGUGGCUGGCAAUGGUGGUUCGGAAUAGGAUCCUACUGGACCUGAAGCCGUCGCAGCUGGCAGGGGUGUGUGCGAGCGUGGUCUCCGAAGGGAUCAAAGUGCGCGUCCACGAGAACAGCAGCUACAUCUACGAGCCCUCAAGCGUGGUGAUUCGCGUGGUGGGAGCGCUGGAGGAGCAGAGGAGUCGGUUUGUGAAGAUUCAGGAGAGGCACGGGGUGGGGAUUUCUUGCUUCUUGGACAGCCAGUUUGCCGGGAUGGUGGAGGCGUGGGCUUCUGGGUUAAGCUGGAGGGAGAUGACGAUGGAUUGCGCCAUGGACGAUGGGGAUCUAGCGAGGCUUUUGAGGAGGACGAUCGACUUGCUGGCGCAGAUUCCCAAGUUGCCUGAUGUCGACCCGGCUCUGAAGAGCAAUGCCAAGUCUGCUGCAGAUAUCAUGGAUCGUUCUCCCAUCAGUGAACUUGCUGGAUGA